CCUGAAUAUCAUGGAGGACGAAUCGGAAAUGUUAUAAAAAUUAUUUUUGUAAGUUGCAUACACACAGAAAACCUUUUGUAAAUGGUAGUAACUACUCGUCAAGCUGGAACCAGCUGAUUCGUCCACUGCAGCUACCAACAUUACACAGGAAGAUGAAAUCCAAACAACGAAAGAAGAGGAAUGCUGGGUAAAUGAUACCAAGGACAUUGGAGUCCUUACAGAAUUGUGUAGCAGUGGAAAUCUCCCAGAAGUAGAAAUAUUAAGUUUGAUUGAGGAACAGAUUCCUAAAUAUCGUUUACGGUCAGAUAGUAUUACUGAAUUCUGCGGCUAUGAUAACGAAGACUGGAUCCAGACUCCACUGAUCCCGAUCGAUGCAGAUCUAGAACUGACCAAUGAACAGAUCGAUGAGACCUUGAAAUAUUUUGUCCUGUGCUCUGAUCGUCUAACACAGAUGACAAAGACAUAUAAUGACAUUGAGGCCGUAAAUAGAUUAUUAGAAGAGAAAGAAAGAGAUUUAGAACUUGCAGCACGUAUUGGACAAACACUUUUAACCAAGAAUCAAGAAUUAGAAACAAAAAAUGAGGGUCUUGAGGAGCACUUAUCUACAGUUGUUGAUAAGGUCAACCAGUUAAAACAUGAGGUAAUUUUGAAGGAUGGCCUUCUCCAAGCCUUCACAGAGUAUGAAGGUGGAAUAUCUCCUAGUGAUGACUCCCUUAGUGAUGACAGUCUCCAUUCGAGUGGUGUGAAAUCAUUACAGAAAAAAUGUGAAACCUUGGAACAGGAGAAUGUCAAACUUAAGUUGGAGACUGCCCAGUUGUCAGCAGACACAUAUGAACUUGAAGAGAAAGAGUCAAAACUAGUUAAUGAUUGUCUUCAACAGUUUGUUGAAGUAAAGAAAGAUUUAGAACAUUAUGUUGAAGAAUUGGCCAAAAAGACAGAAGAGAACGGUGCACAGAAAGAAGAAAUAACCAAUUUACUGGCACAGAUUGUUGACCUUCAGAGGAAAGUUAAAGUGCAAACAGCAGAAAAUCUAGAACUGCAGAAACAUUUAGAAGCUUCACAAAAAACCCAAAGAUUUUUAACACGAGAGAUCUCAGAGUUAAAAGAUAAACAUGAUGAACUUGUUGCAUUAUACGAAGAUGCACAAGAAGAGGUACGACAAGUACGUAGAAAACAGAAACCAGGAGCCGUGCGUCACAAUUACAUGUCUUCAUCUCUGCUUAGUUUACCAUCUGAUUCCCUGGCAUCCGAACUAGAGACAUCACUGAAAGGGGAUAUGGAGUAUCCUAAAGGAUAUUCACCUUCUGAAAGGAAGGUCCAUAAUUGGAAAGUUUUCGAGACAGUAAAAGCAGCCAAGAAGUCUGGAUCACGAUGCAGUUCUAUACGUAGCGGUAGUCAUUUAGGGGCAUCUAAUUAUAGUUUGAACGACAGUAUUGAAUCCGCCCCUGUUUCGAAUAGAAGUUCUAUGUACUUCUCAGAUCUUGAAUCUGGACCAAGCGAUGCAACAGGCAGUGAUCUUGAUGGUUUAUAUGGGACCAGACAUUCUUUGGGUAGACCAGGAAUACCAGGGUCCAAUGACCUAGAGACUGCUCUACGUAAAUUAUCACUCAGGAGGGCGAAUGAAUUGAACGAGCAGGAUUAUAAGGAGGAAGAAAACAAACGACAAAGACAGAGGUCAGAAAAUGAAAGUUCAACACCUGGUAUUUGUCAAACACCAGACAGCACAUUGUCAACAGGAAGUGGACUUAGUGGCUUAUCAGGCAUGACAGGAAGUAGUAAUCCAUAUUACCGUCUGCCAGAAAAGUUGAGAAUUGUUAAACCUUUGGAAGGUUCUGUAACUCUUAGGCAGUGGCAACAGUUAGCCACACCAAACAUUGGCGGCAUAUUUGAAUCUCGGCCAGGUGUUCAGAUCAAGGGAGAAAGAAAACUUGAUUUAGAAGAAGAACACCAUAAUCUCAGUGAUCUGGAAGAAGAUGACGACUAUGAACAUUUUCCUGUGAGGACAGCUCAGGAUGAAAGCUGGACUAUCAAUACAUACACAAACUCUGUAGUACGACAUCCAUCUUGUUAUCUAAGUGAGGACGAGCAAUGUGAUAGUGACUUAGAAAGUUUAACAGAUACCUCAACUCCUCUUGUCUGCUCACCAAGAAUGGCUUCCCAGCAUGCACCUAAUGUAGGAUCUACACCCAUGCAAGGAACAGGGCUAGGAUUAGCUUCGCUUCUGGGAGCAAGUGAUCUCUUACCUCAAACACUGGACAGAGAAAACACUGAUAAAACUGAAAUAAACAAAUCAGACUAUACUACAGGUGGUACCUCAGGUUCUAACACAGGUCAAACACACAAUUUGGAUAAAAACUUCAGUGUCACAGACAAUCGGAGGGUGAACUGUUCAACAGUGCCAUCUGGUGACAGAAAUAUUUUUCACAACCAUAUGAAAUCAGUGCCUUCAGAUGUUCUUCAUAAUAGAAGUGAAACAGAAAAUUUUAUGUCCAAAAUCAAAAACACUGGAUCUUCUCUUUAUGGUUUCCUUGGUAACUGGGGUCAAAGUUCACAAACUAGCACAGAAGUGACAACUGCCAACUCUGCUGCCAGUGGAACCUCACCUGUGUCCAAUUUGACAGAUAAAGCGACCAAUGAUAAUUCAUCAGGAUCUAAUGUGACGAUUAUAUCUACCAAUGACAAGUCGCCUACAAAGUCUUCCAUGGUCUCAUCCAUAUUUGGACAACGCGCUGGAGGAAGUGUACUUGGUGCACUGACAUCUUUUCAGCGGAGCGGAAUAUUAUGAUAUUUAUGUGAUUAAGUGAUAAAUAACCAAUAUGCAUUUUAUCUCGCCUGAUCAAGGCCAUGUAAUAUUUAUUAAUUGUAAAAUAUUCUGUCAUCCAAUGUUUUUUAAGUUUUGAUAUGGUUGUGGUUUAUUCUAAUAAUUUCUUCAUAGAUCUUGAAACUUUUAAACAGAAAAAGAUUUUUUGCUUUAAUCUUCACAAUAUUUUCUGACGUUUCACUUUAUUCAUGCCAUAAUAACCAGCUAUUUUUUUUCCUUUUAGAAUUUAGAAAUCUUCCAUUCAGAAUUUGUAAAAUGUUACGUUUUGAAAUAUCCUAAUCAUGAUUUUUUAAUGAGUUAAUUUUUGAAGAAAUUUGCACAAUAAUUUGACUUCUAAAAAGACAAGAAUUUUCGAGAAAAAAAAUUAUGACAAAAAUUCAGCUUAUUUCAGAUUUCAAACUUACAAAUUUAAAGUGGUGUAGUUACCUCCAAACAUUUAUUUUUCUGAUAGCCAUACUGACACAAAUCUGUUCAUAUUUUUGUUGGAUUGUAAAAUAAAUGGCAAAAGUUGCCUAAGAUUCAAAUUGAAACUAGCCUAGUGGGCCCCAGGUUUAUAAACAGGAUUGUGUAACAAGUACUAGUCUUUCAAUAUGCAUUUGUAAUUUAUACAACUGUAUAUCAGUGCUUUUUGUUAAUAUAUAUAUUGUGGUUUUCUUACAUAUGAACAAUGAUGAAUACAUCUUAGGUCACAGUUAUACUUUCUACAUGUAUUAGAAAAGAGAGGAAUUCCGUUCAAAUGGAUGUGGGAAUAAAGGAAAGGAUUUCAAAAAAUGCCUAAUCCAUCUAAACAACCAACAUACUUGUUUUAAGUGGUUUUACAUAUGUUUAUCAUGCAACCAUGAAUUUAAAUUACACACAACUCAUUCAAAACUGAAAUUAGAAUUUGGUCUGUUUAAAUUCAACACCCAACAUAUUAAAUAUCUGAAUUCACCAAAAUGUGUUCAAAGUAAAUACAUUGUUCUACAAUUUAAAAAGGUUAACCAGAUUUUUUAAGGACGACUAUUAAGGGGUUACAGGACACCUAAGGGAGUUAACUCUUUAAAAAUCAACUGAACGUUUUAAUCACAUUCUAAUAAUUAGGAGAAUUUAAGCUUCUCAAUGAUCAAAAUUAGUGAUUGUCAAACUGCUAUAUAUAUAUUCAAUGAAAUUAUUCCCAUAAAUUGUGUGGUACAAAUUUCUUAAAAUUUUAAUAUUUUUGUCAACAAGUCAAAGUAAAUACUUCCUCAAAAUUGUAUGAAAAUUAAACAAGCCAACUCUUAUUUUAGUCAAAGUGUUGAUUACCCUCUUAAGUUGCAUGCUAAAGAUUCUCCCCUCCAUGUAGAAACUAUAUUGUUAUUGAUGACUAGUAUUACAAUGUGUAACUUUACAUAUUCAGUUAUGAAAGGUUUUGUACUUUUGGGGGAUUUUUUUACUGCAACAAUUUUGUAGAUUUAUAGUUAAGUCAUAAGUGGGUUUGAAAAUAAAAAUUGACUAUUUGUAUAUCAUUUAGACAAAUUUGUUAUCUCUUUGUAUGGUCAAAAUAGCAAAGUUUUUAUUGGAUUCAUUUUUUUCAGCGAAAAUUUGUGAAUUCAUUAUUUUUUCAUGUUUUUCUCGUGAGAAGAUUUGAGAAUCUGAAGUUUUACAGGGAUUUUUUAUUUGCUUCUUGUUUUUAAUUAAAGAAGUUUUCGUUCAUAUUUGUAAAAUAAUUCUUAUUUAGGUAUUUGCAUUGAUAUCAAAACCUAUGCCUAGUAGUCAAAUUCUCAUAGGUGCUUAAAAUGGUAUGGUAGAAAAUAUAAAUUUAUAAAAUUGUAAAUACUAAUUGUUUUGUACAUAAAGUAGGCAUAUUUAAAUAUAUGUAAAUUAAAGAUGUGCUAUAUUUAGAUAUAUUUAUAUUCUAGUGCUUUUAAUUGGGCAUUUUUUUUUUUAUUCCUUCUUUUUCUUUUCCUUUUUCCUUGCUUCCUUGCCUAUUUAGACUUUUUGGAGUAGAAUUAUUAUUCUUAAAUGCAUUCAUAAGUUUCACAGAAACUAUCCAGCUAUCUAAGAAUACAGCUUCACACAUUCUGCUUAUACAUUUAGUUGCUCAAGGUUUAAGAAGUAUUAAUAAGGAUUUUGUAACUGUUAAACUGUAAAAAUGGAUAUUUCUUUUAAAAAAUGUUGUCAUUGUAAUUAGUAACUUCAUACCAGCAUAUUCACAUAGUUCAAUUAUUUUGAAUUACAUUGGAUAAACCAGUUAAUUCAUAAUUUCGUGAGAGAAUUAAUUUCUUGUGAAUUUUGUAAGUACAAAUAUAUUCUCUUUCCUUAUAUGAAUGCAUAAACAACAUUUGAAAAUUGUGCUAAUAAAUCAUAGUGAUAAUGACUUCAAAAAAUGAAUGGCUAGAAAAAAGUUCUGCAAUUUAGCGUUGAUUCGUAAUUUUAUGAAAGAAUGAAUUACUUGAAUUUUGCGAUUACAAAAAUAACUCUUAAUAUAUAUAUUUUUUAUAUAUAUAUAUAUAUAUGACAAAUGUUUAUUUUUUCUCACAUGAAUACAUUAACAACAUUUGAAAUCAUGGUAAUAUUGACUUCAACAAAGUGAUUGUCAAGAAAAAAAUUCUGCAAUAAGAAUUUGGUAUUCAGUAUACGUGGUAUAUGAUUUCAAUAUUUUAAAUAGAUAGUUUCAUUACAACAUUAUACCAAACAAUCUGGUGGAUGUCACAAAUCAGGAACGACUAUGAGCUAUUUUUAAAUAUUUUACACAAACUCAUUUUUAUGUAUAGGAUAUUUCAUGCUUUUAUGUUUUGCCGUCAUCUUUUGUAUCUAUGCAAGCCAAACACAUUAUGAAUUUCAGGUGAAGGAUUCUUGUAAAUUCCCAGUGUAAAUUCAGUCAUUAUUAGCAAAUACCAAAAUUACAAAAUUUUUAACAACUCCUUGCACAUGGUUUUUGGCUUAGUUUAUUUCUAUUGAGUUGUUUUAAAAUUCUAAUUAAUGAGCUUUUUUAAUUGUUAUUAAUAGUUUAAAUGAAAAUAAGAAAUAUAUUUCUUUCUUUAGAGCCAGAUUUUCACACCAAAGGACUCCAUACUUUUAAAUUUUCAGUCCAACAUUUUAAUCAUAAGUUUUAUCGUAGAAUUUUUCAGGAAAACUGAAAUUAGAGGGUUAAAUAAUUAAAAUGUAGAGUUAACAAGUAAACCAUCUUGAAUUUUCAUGGUAUUCACCUGAUACUAAAUCUAAAUUUAACCUCAGUUUUUUAAAAUAUUGAAUGAAAAAGGUUAAACUCGUUUUUCCAAAGCAUUGUACAUUGUGCAAGUAUUAUUAUGAAAGUUAAGAAAUGUUAAGCCGUCUGUCCAACCAAUUGAACCUACAGGUUAGGACUCGUGCAUACCAACAAUUGACUCACUCUGUGUCCACUCAAUGGCCAGCAGAUUAAUUAUCACAUGAGUUUUCCUGAUAGAGGGCUAAAUCAUCAAAGAUAGCUUUAAUAAAAGUAUUGCUAGCAUUAAGGUAACAUUAUUUUAAUUAUUCCAGCUUUGGAAUCCUAGGAUUUAGCAACGUUAGUUUGUUUUUCUUCAUUUAUCAUUUCCCUAAUUGUAGAUAUUUAUAUUUUGUGUGUUUUUAUUUUCCAUUGUUAAGUUUUAUGUUGUUUUUGUUUUGUUUUUGGUGCUUAUUCACUAGAAACAAUCAGAACUUAUAUCAUGAUGAUAUUAAAACAAAAUAAAUUAAA